AUGUUCUGGAAUCUUAGGGGGCCAUUCUCAGUUGAAGCACGUCGCACGUGUUUACCUGUGAUAGUCACGGGGCUCGUUACAAACAACUGUUUGCUCUCAAGAGCGAGCGCUCUCGUGGAUGAACGGCCGCAGGUGUUUGGUACCAAUGGAAAAAUCUGUCAGAGGUCUGACACAGGUGAAAUCUUGGACACCAAAAAGUAUCAUCACCUCACCAUCAACACGGUGACACCCGAGCCCUCGCAAACUGCACGUGAAGCAUUUUCAGAGGUGCUGUGGAUCGUUGACAUCUCUGCCCCAGCAGACAACUGGGGAAACUUGACAAAGCAAGUGGCUACGAUGACAAAGACUUUUGCAGUGGGGACAGUAGAACAGCUGAAUGCCGGACGGAAUACUUCCUCAAGCUGA